GAAGGUCUUGGGAUCUUGGGCUUAAUCCCAGGUCUCCCUCCACCGAGGGACGCGGGUUUCCCCCACCACCCCGUCAGUGGACGCCACAAGCCGCGCCGGGGGCCGGGGGAAUGAUCACCGGAGCCAGGCUCUGGAGCGGCUGCCCGGGCUCCCUCCUGCUCUCCGCUUCUGCCGGCCGGGCCGGGCCGGGCCCGGCUUCUCCCGCCCCGUUCUCUGCCGGGGCCGGGGAUGGAUGAGCGGCUGCUGCAGGCCCUGGGGGGGCUCAGCCUGCAGCCCCGGCGGGGCCGGUUCGCCGGGCGCUUGGUGCUGCUGCGGGGGCUGCCGGGCUCCGGGAAGAGCACCUUGGCCAGACAACUGAAACGUGACUAUCCCGGUGCUGUAGUUCUUAGUACUGAUGACUUCUUUAUUGAAAAUGGUGUAUAUGUGUUUGAGCCUGACUUCCUAGAGGAUGCACACAAAUGGAACCAAAAGAGAGCACGCAAAGCAAUGAAGAAUGGGAAAAGCCCGGUUAUUAUUGAUAAUACCAACAUCCAUGCUUGGGAAAUGAAGCCGUAUGUGAUAAUGGCACGUGAAAAUGGAUAUGAAGUUGUAUUCCAAGAACCAGAUACACCCUGGAAGUUCAAUGUUCAAGAACUGACAAGAAGAAAUACUCAUCACGUCCCUCGACAAAAGAUACAACAGAUGAAGGAACAAUACGAGCACAAUGUUACAUUCCACAGUGUUCUUCAGUCUGAAAAACCACGCCGAGAUGAAAGAAGGUCCCAUGAACCAAAUGCAGCUUACAGCAUGGGUGCCCAUUCCUGCCCACCUCCAGCCCUCUCAAACAGGAGGCCUCACGUGGCGCAUACAAGCAAUAAGCCUUUAAACCGAAGAGGUGGAUUCCCUGGACAUGUGGCCAAGUCCUUCUCCAUGCAGUUGUCAUUUCCAGACAUUUUAAUACUUUCUGUCUGGCUGGAUAACAUUUUGUAUCUUCCUAUUCACCUUGCCUAGAGCAUUACUGCAACUUUAAUAAGAGAUGCAAAAUGAAUGAUGGAAAAGGCAGCUCUAACAGAUUGUAACAAGAUCUGAUGUUCCCUGUUCCCAUCUCUGCUGUUUGGAUACAUGCUGGUCUUUCUUACCUCAGCCCUAGUGCAGCCAAACAGCUUUACCAGCCUGGAGAUGAAACUUUUAACAUACCAAACUGAGCCCUUUACCUUGCCAUAGGAUUUCACCUAGUCCUGAAGACAUAGGAGUUCACCUGGUCCUGAGACAAGUCCAUAUAGAGGGGCUUCUGAAAGGAAACAUUAGUAUUAGGCCAUUGCGUGUUAGCUUCUAAGUAGGAACAGAGCUACAGGAGCAGAUCCAAGUAGCUGAAGCACAAGUCUACCAAAUACCCAAACUAACUCAGAAGUACAACAAAAUUACUUAUGAAAGGGGAAAGAAAUCAAUUCUUUGUUCUGCUGAGUGCUGAGAAGCCACUGACUGAUAGAUGGGUGAGAAGCUAUCAUGCAGGGAUUUUAUCCAUAGUUAAAUUCUGCUGAUUAUGCCCUCAUCAAGACGCCCCAUGGAACAUUUUUGAAAUGCAGCAUUUGUGAUGGCAAUUAUUUUUAAGUGUGUGUGUAUUAUUAAGCAGUGCUUAUAGAACAGGGCAGCAGUGAGUUAUUUUGCAGUAGGAUAUGCAGACAGCUCACAUUGGCUGUUAAGAAAUAUAGGUAGAGCUGCUAUUCAUCUAGCAAUUCAGCCAAGAAGUGUAAAGGUAUAAAGAAAUCUACUGUUUCAGGGCAAAAGCCAAGCUCUCUUCAGGACAGAGUAGAUGUAUGAAAUGAAUUGCAUUUUCUACUCAAGCUGCAUUUAAAGAAGUAAUAUCAACACUGUAAACUAAUUGUGACCUAGGGGUCUAGGGAACCUGGCUCUGCCAUGUUGCACAAAGGUUUACAGAACUACCAUCAAGCUUGUGUCAAUUCUCCAGUCCUGCUACAAUGUCCAGCGUGGCAAGGGGAGCCAUUCCCAGCUUGGCACUUGAGCCAAGUAAGCCGCACAGGAUCCUUGAAAGGUUGUUGAGUAGGAGCUGCGGAUGGCCUGGAUCUGAAACAUCCUCCCGCCUUUGACUUGUGUGUGGUGGGAAAUAGCAGGCAAAGGGCAGGCUGACAAUAAACUAAAAUGUGGAGUUGGCAGCCAGUCUAGCAGGACUGUUUCCCUCUCCAGUGGAGAAACUCCAGUUUUGAUAAGGUUAAAUUAAUGAGAACAAAGUAAUGAAUUCAAGUACUGACUCACUCCCAGCAGAAGUGAUGAAAUUAAACAUCUGAUUAUCUUCCAUGAUACUGUGGCCUUGAGUGCUUCCUUAAGGAGUAGCUCCUUGGAAAUGCUGACCAAAGAUCUAUUAUUAAUAACUUUGGCAUUUUGCUAUGAAUCAAAUAAUAGCUGUCCUCUAAACCUAUUUUAGCACCAUAUGGAAAGUUCCAAGGGAAAAGUACACGAACUGUCACAAUUACAGAGCUGUAUUUCAGAAUUAAAGUGUAAUGUUUGGUAACAAUGAACCUAAGAGAAUUGUUAUGCCCUGUGCCACUUCUGACAGCCAAAGAACUAUUGUAAUGAAAGUGACUGCUUUAGACUGAAACAAAGAUCCUGCUGUAAUUUAAGAAUCAAAGCAAUGGCUUCAAAAAUGUCAUCAGACCUUCAGCCACGCUGAUGUUAUUGUACAAUACAUGUUUGUGUGAGAAAUGUAAAAUUACUCAAAUCCAAAUUAUUUUGCAGAUGAAAUGUCAUUUUUAUAAUACAGCUUUAUUAAAUACAAUCAGGAUUUAAGGCACAAAGUGUAAAAAUAAACUGAAUUUGAAAUAUA